UUUCACCUUUAGUAACACCUGGAUAACACGGGCAAGUUUAUCGUCGUUAUGGCUUGAAAGUGAUUAAAUUAUUUACAGACACGCCUCUCGGUGGCUAUAUUUAACCAGGCAGCGAAUUGGAAGCUUAAUUUUGCACCAAACAAGCUUCUACUAGCUUUCUUGACGCCAUUUAAAACUUAUGCUAGCGUUCUUGACGCCAUUUAAAGCUAGCAUAACGCUCGUAAAUGAAACGACUUUCGACGUGGAAAUGCGCAAAAUGGACGCGUUUAUUCCAAAAGGAGACUGUCUGAUGUCGGCGGCGCUGAUGGGUUUUUGCGUGACCAGCCCGUCAAGUCCACUGAUUCAUCCUCCACCUGGACUCCGGGCUUUCGUCCAUCGUGGAGCGGCCUAGCGGCUAACUGCAAACGUCGACAAGUGACGCGGGGAAUGCCAGUCCCGCUCGGCAUUUCUGCAUCACGCUGUCGGUGGCAAAGCAGCCAGGCGGGAACACGGAGGAGGCGACACAUUGCCGGGAAUUCUGCGGAGCAUCAUGUUCUCGUCGUCUUCCUCCUCAGACGUGUGAGGGGCGCUUCGCCGCGAGCGACGACAAGGCUGCGAGGUUCAUCUACAUUGUCCCGUCUCAAGGUGUGAAGUGUCAUGGCCACAACAGUUCUCGUGCGCUGCCUCCUCGUCAGCGCCUUACUCGGCUUCUCGGCCGCCGGUCUUGUGAAAAAGAUGCUCCGGCAUCGUCGGCAGAUGCCUCUGGAGCACAACAUCACCUCACCCGGCGCGGACCACCAGUCUGUGGUCUUUAACCACGUCUACAACAUCAACGUCCCCGCUGGUCACCUGUGCUCCGUUGACCUGGACGCAUCAGAGAGCCUCGCACCCUCGGAAACCGCCAUGACCUCAGGCCGGCACCUUACUGCAGAUGGGGAGAGCCAGAUCAUCUUCACCCACCGCAUCAACAUCCCUCGCAGGGCUUGCGGCUGCGCCGACGACCUGUCCCGUAUUCAAGACCUCAUGAGCCGUAUCGAGAUGCUGGAGGACGAAGUGUCAGUCUUGAGGAGUCGGUGUGGGGGUGGUGAGAGAGUCUGUUGCAGCACACAGGGGGUAGGGAAUGUGGGGAACAGGUCUCUGUGCGGCGGACAUGGAAACUACAGCGCGGAGACACGCGGGUGCACGUGUGAGGCCGGCUGGAAGGGCGUCAACUGCACUGAGCUCGAGUGUCCUGAAGGUUUCUUGGGGGAUGACUGCUCUCAGAGCAUCUGCCCCGAAAACUGCCGAGAUCACGGGCACUGUAAGGACGGCAAGUGUGUCUGCAAGGAACCCUGGAUCGGUGUGGACUGCUCCGAACUGAUUUGCCCGAAAGAUUGCUUCGGCCGUGGACGCUGCGUAAAUGGAACCUGCCACUGUGAGCCCGGAUUCUCGGGGGAGGACUGCGAACAGCUCACCUGUCCCGCCGACUGCCACGGUAACGGCCUCUGCGUCGACGGCCGCUGUGCUUGCACAGCGGGUUACGGCGGCGACGACUGCUCCCGCCUCACCUGCCUCAACGACUGCAACGGCAGAGGUGCCUGCUUCAACGGGAUGUGCAUCUGCGACAACGGGUACCAAGGUGACGACUGCAGUCAGUUGGCGUGUCCAAACGACUGCAACGCCAGGGGCCAGUGCGUUAACGGGCAGUGCGUUUGCGACGUCGGAUUCCAAGGAGACGACUGCGCCGAGGUUUCCUGCCCGAACGAUUGCCUCCAGAGGGGACGCUGCGUCAACGGGCAAUGCGUGUGCCAGGAAGGCUUUGCCGGCGAGGAUUGCAGCAUCAGGACGUGCCCCUCGAACUGCUACGGUCGUGGCGAGUGCGUCGAGGGUCGGUGCGAGUGCCACGCCGGCUUCACCGGAAACGACUGCGCCCUGCUGAGCUGCCCAAACAAUUGCCAGAACCGCGGGCGCUGCCUCGACGGGCAGUGCGUGUGCGACGAAGGUUUUGCCGGCGAGGACUGCGGUCGGAAGGCGUGCCCAAAUGACUGCCUGACGCGCGGCCGCUGCAACGACGGCUUCUGCGUCUGUCAGGAGGGCUACUCGGGCCAUGACUGCUCUCGGAUCACCUGUCCGGAUAAGUGCAACGGCAGGGGGCGCUGCGUCAAAGGACGGUGCGAGUGUGAGAGCGGCUACGAAGGGGAGAGUUGCGCAGAACGGAGCUGCCUCAACGGCUGCCACGACAGAGGACGCUGUGUAGACGGUCAGUGCGUCUGUGAUGAAGGAUACAUCAGAGACGACUGCUCUGAAGUGUCUCCUCCAAAGGAUCUCGCUGUGGGUGAGGUCAGCACCGAGACGGUGGACUUAUCCUGGAUCAACGACAUGCUGGUGACCGAAUACCUCAUCACAUACGUGCCCACCCGGCCCGGCGGGUUGCUUUUGAACUUUACCGUGCCCGGCGACCAAAAUACCGCCACGGUCAAAGAGCUGGAGCCGGGUUUCGAGUACGACGUCAACGUGUACGCAGUUCUGAGCAACAAGAGGAGCGUCCCUGUUGGCGCCAGGGUGGCCACAGCUCUUCCACAGCCAGAAGGUUUGAGAUUCACGUCUGUGGGGGAGACCUCCGUCGAGGUCAUGUGGGAACAGCUGAACGUUUCUUUCGACGGCUGGGAGAUCUACUUCCGUAACAUGAAAGAAGAAAAUGGCAAGGUGGUGAGCACAGUUCCCUCAUCACAAAACCGCUUUGUCCAGUCGGGCCUGGGUCCAGGUCAGGAUUACGAGGUGUCCAUCAGCGUAGUAAAGAACAACAGCAGGGGACCACCAGCGAUCCAACAAGUCACAACCAAGAUUGAUGCCCCACGGCAUCUCCAGGUGCUGGACGUGAGCGACUCCUCAGCACUGAUCAGCUGGUCUGAUCCGGUGGCUGAGACGGACCGGGUGACUCUAUUUUACAAGACCAGCCAAGACUCUUCUGAGGCCGCCAAAGUGGAGAUCUUCCCACCGGACAAGCAGCACAGCCUACAGGGCCUGAAGGCCGACACAGAGUACACGGUGUCACUUGUGGCCCGCAGCCGAGAUGUCAGCAGCGAAGCAGCUACCACCACCUUUACCACAGCACUGGAUGCUCCCAGGGAGCUGAUUGCUGUACUGCAAACAGAAGACAGCAUCACCCUGAGGUGGCGCAACAGUCAGGCCGAUGUGGACAGCUAUCGUGUGAAAUACAGCCCGUUAUCUGGCGCAGCCCACGGCGAGGAAGUGUUACCACGAGGACCGGGAGAAACCACCAUAGCCACAAUUCGGGGGCUGAAGCCGGGGACAGAGUACGGGAUUGGUGUGACGGGGGUGAAGAACGAGCGGGAAAGCCUGCCAGCUACCAUAAACGCAGCGACCGAACUGGACCCUCCCCGAAAUCUGGAGCAAACAGAGUCCACUGAGACAUCCAUCAGUAUUCGGUGGGAGAAGCCGCGCGCCAAGGUGUCUCGAUACCGGUUGGUGUAUGUUUCCAGAGACGGACAAGUCGAGGAGACUGUGAUCCCAGCCUCCGAGACUACAUUUGUCUUACCUGUCCUGACUCCGGCGACAAGCUACACAGUAACUUUGACUGCAGAGCGAGGCCACAGGAUGAGCUCACCGGUCACUCUGGCUGCAUCCACAGAGACGACGAGGCCCUCCGUGGCUAACCUCACCUUCUCUGAUGUAACGUGGGAGGGCUUCACGGCCUCUUGGAGCCCCCUGGGCGGCGACUUUGACAGCUUUGUGGUGGAGGUAACAAACUUGGACAAUCCGGCACAGAGCCAGAACCUGAGCGUGUCGGGCGGUGCGCUCAGCCUGGGCCUCUGGGGCCUGAACCCCAACACCACCUACAUGGUGGGCCUGUACCCUCUCUACCGGGGCGUCUUCCUGGACCCCGUGUACGCCGAAGCCACCACAGAGGCAGAACCGGAGGUGGAGCAUCUCUUUGUCUCUGAUAUCACGGCCGACAGUUUCCGCGUGUCGUGGACGGCGGACGAAGACCUCUUUGACAGAUUUGUCAUCAAACUGCGGGACAGCAAAAGGCUAUCCCGUCCUCAGGAGCACAGUGUUCACGGCGACGAGCGAACCAGGCUAAUCACGGGACUCAUGGCGGGCACUGAGUAUGAAAUUGAACUUUAUGGUCUUUCGUUGGAGCAGCGCUCCCAACCGAUCUUUGGUGUUGCUCAGACAGGUCUGAGAACUCCGAAGGGCCUUCGUUUCUCUGACGUGACAGACUCGUCAGCCGUGGUCCACUGGUCUAUGCCUCAGUCUGCAGUAGACAACUAUCACAUCACCUACAUGCCAUUUGAGGGAGGAAGCCAGAUGACCGUAACUGUGGAUGGCAACGUGCUGCAAGCUUUGCUGCCAAACAUGAGUCCUGGCAGGAUGUACCAAGUGAGUGUGAGUGCCGUGAAGGGUCUUGAGGAGAGUGACCCCAGCGGUGACGUCGUGACCACUGCUUUGGACAGUCCUCAGGACCUGACCACGAUUAACAUCACGGACACCUCCGCUCUGUUGCGAUGGAAACCGUCCGUGGCCGCGGUAGACGGAUACGUGUUAACUUAUCGAUCCGAGUCAGUGUCCCCGACCGUGGAGCGUGUUUCGGGAACCGAAUUGGAGAUUGGCUCGUUGCUUCCUGGAACUCUCUACACCGUGGAGCUCUUUGCCAGCAGAGAGGCGCAGAUGAGCGCUUCUAUCUUGACAGAAUUUACCACCAAAGUGGACUGCCCUCGAGAUCUGGUGGCCGUCAACAUUGGAACGGACAGUGCCACCCUGACGUGGAGACCCCCGCAGGCCGCCAUCAGCGGUUACUCCCUGACCUUCUCGGCGGCGGAUGGCAUGACCCGGGAGGUCAUGCUGAGUCCGACCGCCACGUCGUACAACAUGGCCCAGCUUGCCGGGUCCACAGAGUACACGGUCCGACUGCAAGCAGUCACCGGAGCUGAGAGAAGUCGCCACGUGACCACCGUCUUUAGUACAGUGGGCCAAGUCCACAAGUACCCAAAAGACUGUGGUCAGAUCUUCCUGAAUGGUGAGCGCACGUCGGGCGUGUACCCCGUCUACGUGGGCGGCGUGGAGGGCCAGCUCAUCCAGGUCUACUGUGACAUGGACACGGACGGCGGAGGAUGGAUGGUCUUCUUAAGACGACAAAACGGAAAGUUAGAGUUCUUCAGGAACUGGAAGAACUACACUGCUGGUUUCGGGAACCUGAACGAUGAGUUCUGGCUGGGUCUCGGCAACCUUCACAAGAUCACGUCCGCCGGCCAGUACGUGCUCCGCGUGGACCUGAAAGACAGCGGCGAGUCCGCCUACGCUCAGUACGACAAGUUCUCCAUCGCAGAGCCCAGAACGCGCUAUAAGAUUUACAUCGGGGCUUACAGCGGGACCGCAGGCGACUCCAUGACAUACCACCAGGGCCGUCCCUUCUCCACCUUCGACAACGACAACGACAUCGCCGUCACCAACUGCGCUUUGUCCUACAAGGGGGCCUUCUGGUACAAAAACUGCCACCGCGUCAACUUGAUGGGAAAAUACGGAGACAAGAGUCACAGUAAGGGCGUCAACUGGUUCCACUGGAAGGGCCACGAGACCUCCAUCGAGUUUGCCGAGAUGAAACUCCGACCGGUCGACUUUGGGAAUCCGGAGAGCAGGAAGAAAAGAUCGUAGAGUCCUGCGUGAAAACUUCCUUCCCUCCAGAUAUUCACCACAACAACAGGAAAAAAAACAAAAACAAAAAAUUCGGGUGGGCCCAGUCCCGCAGGGAGAACCGUUACGACUACGUGGUCCAUUUGGUCAAAGGCACAUCAUCCACAACGUUAUAGAUGUUGAAAUAUGAAUAUGAACUCGGCAUACGUCCUCAUUACAGCCUUUUAUGUGGUAGGAGUUGUAAAAUUUCAGAUUAAAAAUUAAAAUGUU